UUGGUUUGGUUCGGAAGGCGUGGCUACAUGCCAUUAACGUGCGCUAUCAAGACGCCAUCGUUACACAGACGUGUUCAUCACUGUAGUUUGAUCGUACAGCUUCGUCUGUACAUACAGCAUGUAACGUGUAUUUCACUCGCAACGAUAACUGUUCUCUAGACGGCUUUAGAUGAGUGGAAUCAAGAUCGCAGCAGUUGUGGCUUUGUCAGCCUACCUCAUCUACACCGUCAUCGUUGACCCUGUCGACUACAAAGCUCUGAAAGGCCAACGAGUUGUUGUGUGCGGAGCUUCCACUGGAAUCGGCGAACAGAUUGCCUACGAGUAUUCCAAACUAGGCGCUCGAAUUGUUAUUACAGCAAGGAGGGCAGAAGUUUUGAAGGAAGUUGCUGCUAAAUGUAGAGAACUUGGAGCAGAGGAAGUCUACUCCAUACCCUUGGAUCUCAGCCUGGUGGAAUCAGCAGAGAGACUAAUCAAUGAAAGUGUGACACUAAUGAGAGGAAUCGAUAUCUUGGUAUUGAAUCACAUUAUGGGAUAUUACGCACACUGGACAUCCAAAUCAGUAGAGAAACUGGAACUUGCGGAGAAAAUGUUCAAGGUGAACACUCUGAGUUACAUCAACAUUGCAACAUAUGCACUGCAGCAUUUGGAGGAGAGUGGUGGCAGUAUUGUUGUAGUCUCGUCGUUUGCUGGUAAAAUGGGGAUUCCGUUUACUGCACCAUACAGUGCGACCAAACAUGCGUUGCACGGGUUCUUUGAGUCUCUACGACACGACCUGUAUUAUUCAAAGUCAAAUAUCUCAGUAACUAUAUGUGUACUUGGAUUCAUUGAUACUGAAUCGGCAAUACAACGAGCAGGGGACACAGUCAAAGUUCCAUUACUUAGUGCAAAUGAAACAGCUGUAGCUAUAAUUCGUGGAGGGGCACUUCGGCAGAGGGAAGUCUAUUAUCCCAGGUCGCUAGUUUUGGCACUGUAUGUCAAGCAAUUCUUUCCUCGUUUUCUUGACUCUAUCAUGCGGUAUUACCAUGAUGAAAAUGCUAUUAUGAAUCGUUAGAUUAUUAACAGUUGCUGCAUUGCAAUAAUUAUGAAGUGGCUGGGAUCGAUGGGCACUUAAUUGCUUGUAGCUGAUGUUGGCACAGCAACAGAUAAAUGUACUGUUACUGAAA